AGCAACGACAUUGUCAUGCGCGUUCCAUUCGUGGCGGUCGUGGCCGUGGUCGGCGCGUUCUGCAGCGUCGUUCUGUGGUACUCUGUCAAGAUGGUCCCGGAUGAAGCCAUCCUUAGCACGGACUUCCGCGACGGGAUGAAUGUGAUCACAGACGAGCGCGCGCUUUUGCGACGAACUGUUGAGCGACCGUACGAUGCACAGAACCCCACAGGCUUUCCAUCGACAACAGCACCCCCGAGCACCACUUUCACCACAACAACAGGCUUACCCACGACAACAUCCUCCGCUCCAAACAUCACGAUAACGAAUGCGACCGUCACAACUUCAUGAACACACUCGAGUUGGAAGGCUUAAAUUAUGCUUGUCGUUUAUGUGCUGCUGGUCUAUCG